AUGGGUCUCUUUCACCACCACCACGACAAGCACAACAACGGCCCUCAGGGUGGCCCCGGCGGCCCCGGCGGUCCUCAAGGAGGUGGCCCUGGUGGUCCUGGUGGCCAUGAAGGCGGACAUGGCGGUCCUGGCGGUCCCGGUGGUCACCAAGGAGGCGGUCCUGGCGGCCCUGGCGGUCAUCAAGGAGGUGGCUCCGGCGGUCCUGGUGGUCAUCAGGGUGGUGGUCCCGGUGGUCCUGGCGGUCACCAAGGUGGAGGUCCUGGCGGCCCAGGCGGCCCCGGCGGCAGGUGGUAA